AUGUCUAACCGGCAGGAUGAGUUGGCUCAUCCACAUUUUGCUCUUAUUUAUAUCGACCGAGAUGGCAACCUUCGUCAUGAAGCGUCGCCGUCCAUCGCCAAUAGCCGUGAGGCCAUCUUAUCUCCACGAGUGACCGACGCAUUUCUGCAGGCAGUGGCUAUGUCUGGGGAGCCCGGCCCAUCACAUUCUCAAUCCUCCCCACAAAUAACGGUCGGUGUACAAGGCUUGCUUCCAUCUCAAAUGAGCCAAGUAUCUUCCAGUUCCGAACCCAGAGGCAUGGAAAGGCACAGGCGAGUGGCACCCGCACCUCAAGGGUCAUCGAGAGACCCGACCAUAUGGCCCGCGCAGCAGCAAGAACCCUGGCCACCAGGACCAUCACAAUGGACUCCAAGCCCACAGACUACCCAACGAGCACAGCCAUGGAAUGAAGAGACUACCUUAGCUAGCUCUCUCAAGUCCCUCAUCUGUGUUCGAGACAAAGAAUUUUUGCUUCGUUACUAUGAAAAGGUUUUUCAAAACCUACAGCAAACCAACUGUCGUGUCCUAGCCAAGGCUUACGUCAAGUUGGUAGAGCCACGCAAGCAGGUCAACUAUCCAUACAACGGACGCAAGAUUGUGGAUGGCCGGACACAGCAACUGAACCCAGAAGAGACCAAGCCCCCGUGGUGGCCAUUAGGGGUAAGCCACCGAGAGCCCGAUCACCUUCCAAAGGCUGCCCUCUACUCCCCCUCUCUAGAGAUGCUUACAAUCUCACUCUUUGAAGAGCGAAUUAGACUUCUUGUCUAUCUGCUUUGCGAGCUGCGCACUAGCUAUGGAAUCACCGCCCGUCGGCUGAAGGAGGCAGACCAGCCGAUACGACGUCAAAUCACCCCAGUCGAACGGUUACAGAUGAUGGACGAAAUCUACGAGGUUAGAGAGGAAGAAGAGAAGUUUUUAGAUGGAAAAACAGGUAAAAUAUUGCACCGUCAUGCUAAAAUGGGAAAGAAAGAACGAAAGCUCAUCAACUUUAACAGACGGGAGAACCCUAGUAUCCAUCGCACGAGCGAACCUUCCUGA